AUGGUCCCGCCACGCCAGCAGGUCACUGAGAGUUCACAACAGGAGGGCAGUGACCUCAUCACAACCAGGAAGCUGCCAAAUCCCGUCCUGGCUCCUCACCAACACAGAGCCCUUCACCGAGAGCUGCUAUUAUGCCACAGAAGUGGUCUACUGCCCAGAGAGAAGCCGGAGCUGCAGUGUGUGCUGGAACACAGACAGAGAGAGCAGCACAAGCAGAAGGAGGUGGCCCUCUGUCCUCCCUCCGACUUGGAAGUGAAGCUACGCACAAGGCUGCAGAAUAUACAAGUUUACGAGCUGGAGGAGAAGAAGAAGAGCGAGAGCCUGCAGAAUGUUCCGGAGUUUGUUCGUGUGAGAGGAACCCUGAAACGUAUCCAAACUUUUUCCUAG